UUGUGUUUCUUUCCCUCCCCAGAGUCGUAUGUAUCGCAAGCAUCAGCAGGAAAUCAUGGCCGCCGAGACCGAGGACAACAUUAUCACGCGCGUGGGAAGCCUCCCGUUGGUCAGCGCCUCCGUGACCCAGGUCACCAGCAUCUACAGCGCCGGGAAGGAGCGCUACCCGCUGGUGAAGUACGUGGGCGAGAUGGCGGAGAAAACCGUCAUGUACGCUGCCGACACCGCCAAGCCAGUCGUGGACAAGCUGGAACCUCAGAUUGCUGUAGCGAACAGCUAUGCCGUGGCCGGUCUGAACAAGCUGGAGGAGACAGUUCCCAUCAUCACUAAGGAGCCGGGUGUCAUCGUGGGAGACACCAAGCAGGCCAUCUGCUCCACCGUCUCCGCCACGGGCGAGCGCAUCAUGAACAACCCGGUCGGCCGCGUGGUGAAGAGCGUGUCGGACACCGCGUUGGCCACCGCCGAGAGCUACGUGGAGUACUACCUGCCUCCGGAGAAGAAGGCACUAGAGGAAGAUGAGGGGAAGGAGAAGGAGGGAGAGGGUGAGGAGAAGGCGGUGGUGCCGGCAGCCGAGGGCACGCCCACCCUGACCCGCGUCACCAGCCUGACGGGGAAGGUCCGCCGCCGUGUGUACACCCGCGCCAUGGCCAAGCUGAAGGACGUCCAGGUCCGCUCACAGGAGGCUCUCAGCAACCUGCACUUCACGGUCGACCUGAUCCAGUAUGCGAAGGAGAACAUUGACACAGCAGGUGACCAGGUGAAGGAGCGCCUGACAGCUGCGCAGGAGAAACUACAGGCCACCUGGGGGGACCUGCUGGCCGAGGAGGAGGGGGAGGUCCCUCAGGAGGAGAGGACGGUUGAGCGCAGGGUGGUGCGCGUGGCGGGCCGGCUGACCGGACACCUGUCAGACCUGGCCGGGAAGGCGGUUGACACCGCCCACUCCGUGCUGCCGCAGUCGUUCCAGGACCAGCUGCACAACGUGAAGCAGACUGUCGACACCAUGUACGGGGAGUUCAGGGAGGCGAAGGGAUUCAGUGAUUUGCCGACGGAGCUUUUGGAGAAGUCGCGGGAGCAGAUCCAGAACCUGACAGGCGUGGUUACCGCGGUGACAGACUACAUCAUCACCAACACUCCUAUCCAAUGGGUGGUCCCCGCCCGUUUUGUCCCCGCUGCCCCGCGUGCUGUGAGUGAAGGAAGGGAAGAAGACAAGGAAAAUGAGGAGCAAAGUCAGGAUGGACACCAGGAGGAGGAGGAGAAACUGGACCACAGUCUGGAGAAGGAAGAGGAACCAGAGAUGGAUCCUCUGGAUUGAUGAUAAAAAAAUGAAAGAAGAAAAGAGUAGGAAAAAGGAGAAUAGUUUGAACAGGGAAGUGGUGGAAAGAUGGAGGUUUUUGAUGAAACAUUUGAGAUUUAGUUGAAACCAUGUAGCUUUUUUGUGAAAAGGUAGAAAAUUUAGUUGAAAAGAUGGAGUUUUUGGUGGAGAGAUAUCUGAGUGAGUUUUUUGUGAAAAGGUGGAGGUUUUUGACUGAUUGAUACAAGAUAAAGAAUGACCAAACUAACUAUAGCUGCAGUAAAUACAUGUGAUGUAGAUAGCUUUAACAGUAAAAAAAAUGAUAGCAAUAGGGUAUUGCAAGGGUAGUUAUU